CAACAGUGAAGUUAGAGGAGUUCAGACCACCUCAAAUAAAAGUAACUAGUAACUAGACAUUAUCGUGAGAAGCUUGAGUUUAUUAAAUGUGGCGUUUAAAUGCCGUUCAGCGCGUCGAAAAGCAGCCGUUGACGUAAAGCGCGUAGCUAACGUCUGUUGAGAACUCCGCUCAAUCUGACAACAAGACGCUGCUGCAACGCCCCUGAAAGUGAUGACCGAGUAUUUAACGAACGAUUUGUGAUGAUUAGUAGAGGUGUUCUGCAGUUUGUGCCAAAUCGACUGUUUUAUAUCAGUGAACAAAUCUGGAUUUCUGCCCAGUCCUCUGUCUGCCCUGCGCUGUGUGUGAAAUGACCUGAGUCCCACUUCACUGGUUCCAGCAUCGGAUCACAAUGGCCAGAAUAGCCUGGUACCAAGAGAAGAUCGGGGCCUACGAUCAACAAGUCUGGGAGAAAUCUCUGGUGCAGACCGAUCUAAAUGGUUUGGACAGCAAACCAAAGAGAACGGGUCACAUCAAACCAGACCUCAUCGAUGUCGACUUAGUAAGAGGAUCAACGUUCAGCAAAGCCAAACCACAGAGUCCCUGGACGGCUCUGACUAGGAAAGGUCUGGUCAGGGUGCUGCUGUUCCCUUUCUUCUUCCAGUGGUGGAUCCAGGUGACCUCCAAGUCCGUCUCCUCAUGUAUCCUCAUGCUGUACUUCAUGCAAGUGGCAGCAGUGGUGCUGUACUUGGAGGUCCCUGGGGCGAGUGCCAGCGAGGUGUUUGGACCCAUGUGUCUGAUGCUGCUGCUGGGUACUGUUCACUGCCAGAUUGUGUCGACCGAGUCCAGCCGGUGGCCCUCGGGCAGUCCAGCUGCCAGCUGCACCACCAGCCCUGCGCGCAGGAGGAGGCCGAGGAAGGGCAGAGGGCUGAAAAAAUCCGAAGAAAAGAAUGACAGCGGGGACACAGAGCAGCAGGGGUCCUGGCAGUUUGAAGAAAGCCAGCGAUUAUACAGGAACGAAGAGAGGAGGAACAAAAGGAAGUCAGGAUUUGGGGCAUCAGACGAGCUCUCCAGUGAGGAAGAGGAGGGAGUACAACUAGUGGAAGUAACUCAUCCAAUACCUCAUCAGGAGAGACACCCUGCUGCAACCCUGCCGACGACUGGCCCAGUGUCCACUGUUAGGAAGAGAAAUCAAAAGCCUAACCCCAAACCCACAGUAAGACUUCAGGAAGGGAGUGGGCCAUCCAUCAAGGCGAAGCCUCGAGAGGUGGAGCGCCUCAGGCCAAACGUCAACCCUCGUCCUGCCUCCGACACUGACGACACAAUGUGGGAGGAGCUUCUCCAAGGGCCUGACACCGCCUCGACGGGGAGCAGUGACAGUGAGGGGAACGGAAGGUACAACGCUGGUAUGGCAAUCCCACAAACCACCACUCUGAGCAGUGAUGAUGAGAGUCUACAGCAGGGAAUCACCGGAAACCAGAUGUCUUGGCUUCAGGCAUGUCACCCAUCCAGAGACCGUGUCAGCGCCAUAAUAUGGGAGCAGGGCGAGUGUAAGAAAGCAGACAUGUCAGUAUUGGAGAUCAGUGGGAUCAUCCUCACACGGGUGAAGUUGGUGGAGCAGGGUAUGGGUUAUCUUGUGCUUGGUGGGCUGAUGACAGCCACCCUGGCGCUGCUUCCCUUUGGUUUCCGCCUGGCUCAGCAUCUGGACGUGUUGAGCCUCGGCUCUUUGUCUCUCGCAGAGUUCUUAGAGAUGGCGAUGGGGCCUCCUGAUGCCAGGGCCUAUGCCUUUUUCCUCAUCACAACGGUGCAGAGAGUCUGCCUCACUGGACUGUUCUUCUUCAUGAUGUGUGUAGCUGAGAGAACGUACAAACAGAGACUCUUAUUUGCCAAGUUCUUCAGCCACAUCACUUCAGCACGCAAGGCUAAGAAAUCAGAGAUCCCUCAUUUCAGGCUGAAGAAAGUCCAGAACAUAAAGAUGUGGUUGUCACUACGCUCUUUCCUCAGGAGACGAGGGCCACAGCGCUCCGUUGACGUCAUCGUCUCCACUAUCUUCCUGUUGGCGCUUUCCUUUUCAUUCAUCAUUUGCGCCCAGCUUCUGCACAACCACAAGACAUUCCUAGAGCCUCUGAUAAACUGGGAGAUGAUGGUGUGGGCCUCCUCCCUCAUCCUCUUUCUGCUGCGGCUGGCUACACUGGGCUCAGAGACCAACUCCAAAUACAGCAACUCCUCAGUGCUGCUCACUGAGCAGAUUAACUUGUAUCUCAAGAUGGAGAAAAAGCCCAAUAAGAAAGAGGAACUCAAUAUAGUGAACAACGUUUUGAAACUUGCAACAAAACUGAUGAAGGAGCUGGAUACUCCAUUCAGACUGCUGGGUCUGACUGUGAACCCUCUGAUCUACAACAUCACCAGGGUGGUCAUCCUGUCCGCUGUGUCAGCUGUGGUCAGUGACCUGUUGGGCUUCAACAUCAGACUGUGGAAAAUCAAGUCUUAAUGUGAAAAAAGUAAACCACUAACAGUCGGACACUGGAGACCAGAUGCUCCCCUCGUCUGCUGCAGAAAGCCUCUCAUCUACAAAAAAAAAGUGCGAACCUACUGACAGAUUCAUCAUUGUCCGUGCCUUCAGACGGAAACUUGUGUUCCUUAAGUUUCAGCAGUCAUUCACAAGCCUGAGAUGCUCUGACAAUCGCUCACACACCAUUACUGGUGCCUCUGCAGGUGCCCAGUGCCUAACCUUUGACGCCAGAAUGUUCCUCAGUAUGUGGUUAAAUAUAGCGGUGAGCUCAGGCCUGAGAUCAUUUCAGGCUUCUGUGGCAUCCAGAUUUCCUCGUGUGACUUGUACAGAUGUGUCGACACAAAGUGAAAGAUGUAAAUGAGUCAAAUGCAGACGAUGAUGAUGUAGAUAUUUUUUCUUUUAGUUUUAUUGGCUGAUGUUCCUCAUCAGUACAUUAGUACAAUUAACUGUAAAACAGGUGUCAAAUGAGUGUCCAGCUGUGUUAAAGGGGCAAUUUGUAAGAUGUGACCAACAUUUUAGAUUAAAAUGUUCAAAGACUAAUAUAGAAAACUAAUAUUUCACCAGAAUGUGAAGAAACAACAGUGUUAAGUUACUUUAAAGAUGUAUUUGGAUUGUGUUUCAGAAAUGUCAACUGAUGUUAGCACGCUAAGCUAGCAGUGCAGGCAGACUCCCGUCAGCUAGGGCAUCUGUGGCUAACUGAGCUACUUGCUAACAACAUGCUUAUGAUACGUACAUACUUUGUUCAGCCAGACGAUCUUAACAAAUGAACACCUGUUUUAUGAUUUUGAAGCAUAAAUGAAAUGAAGUAAAAAUCUAACGUUAGGCUGUACAUCAGUGUCGCAUGACAACAGCAUCACCGCCACUAAACGUUUUACUAUUCCUUCAAUACAUACUUAACUAUUAAUGAAUCAGUGUUGAAGGUGUUAAGUUAGAGUCACAGUAAUUUGCAACGAACGUCCACCAGUAAAGCCACUUCUUAGCACCCGCCUUGUCUGAGACACAAACGCUUUGAAACUCAAACUGGGGUUUUCACUGACGCAUUUUAUGUCAGAGAACAAAACGUAAAAAUCACCUUAAUCAUUUCAGGCAUUUAACUCAAACCCCAUUCUAUAAACUAACUGACGUUGUGACGAGGGAACAGGAAGUGCAGGAAUGCUGACUCUUACUCAGCGGGCAUCAGUUAGCAGCUCUGGUCAUUUCUUACAAACUACACUCUUUAAUUAAAUUGACCUGUGUUCAAAGACUUUGAAUCUUUUUUACCGUUUAAGGAGAAAAUAUUGUGAUUGUAAGUGGGCUUUAUUUAUUUGGGGUUCUGUUUUAGCGCUUCAUUUUGUAAUGGUACCUGUAUGUCAUGACCACUAUCUGCCUUUUGUAUUGAGGACCAUAUUGUGAAUAAAGAAAAUAUUAUGCAAAA